UCAUUUGGAGUUCUAAGCAGAGUCUCGAAAAGUCUCAAAGCCAUGGAGAAGGAAUCCCUCUGCGAGCGGCGGAGAAAAUUUCGGCCGCCUACCCCUCUCGGCUCGGUGAAUGGUUCAUUCCGGCUCUGGUCACCGGAGGCUCAGUGCGCGGCUCUCUAAGCGUCCUUGGUUGGUUGAGGCCCUCAGGUCGGUGAUGCGCUUGUAGGCUUUCAGGCCAGUAACUAUGGUGAAUAUUCUGCAACUUGUGCGAGACCACUGGGCCAUGACUUUGGUUCCCAUAGGAUUUGUGGUGGGGUGUUACUUGGACAGGAAGAAUGAUGAGAAAAUGGCGCUCUUCAGAAACAAAAGCAAGUUAUUUCAAAGGGAAUUGAAACCUGGAGAAGAAGUCACAUGGCGAUAAUGUAUUAAAUGAGAAAUGCUUCCAGAUAAUUAAAUCUGUAUCUAUAAGAA